AGCGCAGCAUAUUAUUAUUGUGUACCGCAGUGAACGAUCUAUAGUGAUUAUAAUCAAUGGUAGUACCUAACUAUUGAUUACAUUGAUUGUAUUGUAUUUCAUUAUAGUAUUCAUUAUAUUGAUUACAUUCAUUAUUCGGAUUGGCAUAGAUUGCUCGCUGGCCGUUAUAUAGCGAUUACCCGUUGCGCUUAACUUUUAUUGUAGUUAAUUUAUUGACAGCGAAUUGCGACCGUUGCGUUAACGGCACUACAAGCAAUGCUGAGAAUUACAUAAUAUUAUUAUAUUGACCUAUAUCGGGUCCGCAGUAAAAAAUCACUUCGCAUUGUAUUAAAUUAGUAAUCUAAUUAUGAAAGAAAUUUAACAGUUAUGACGUUUACGAUGACAUUAAGGCCGAACGCUCGCCAAUCACGGACUGCCCACUCUACAGUUUCAACCGAAAUGGACUGUAAGAGUAAGCGCACUUUAAUUGAUAAAGGCGACCAUCACAUCCAAAAGAUAUUAAAAACCCAUAUUGUAGUUGGAAAUCAAAAUCAUAGUAAGGCAACACCUGACGUCGCUGACGGUCAAGCUCAGAAAUCAAAUGAAUCUGUAACUGCAUCAACUGUUUUUACACCAAUUAGCCUGAGAGUUGAAUCAGACUUUAGCUUUACCGAUGACAACGACAACAAGGAGACAAAUAACACGGGCUCUGCAGAGAAUGCCAGUUAUGUGCCGAAUGUAAUUGCUUGGAAUUGCGACCCAACGAUUCCAGUUUCAUAUUAUUGGAGGAAUGGGGAAAGCUCACACUGUAUGGACAAAGCCGCAUUACCUGAAGAUGUCAAUUGUUCAAAAAAUUAUCAAUCUUAUCAGCUAUGAUGGCAUAAUAAUAAUAGUGUGUACCUGGUACAUACCUAUAUAUUAUUCUUAUAUUUUAUUAAUAACAAUAAAUG